AUGCAGCCCUCAGAUAUAUUUGUGGGGUCAAUCGAUCAAGGCACCACGAGCACCAGAUUUUUGAUCUUCAACCGUGAGGGUGAGCCAGUAACAUCACAUCAAGUCGAAUUCAGCCAAAUCUACCCGAAUCCGGGAUGGCAUGAACACGACCCAUUCGAGAUCAUAACUUCAGUAGAGACCUGCAUGGAAGAGGCAGUCCACAAGUUCGAAGCGCAAGGUCACACCCGGAGCAGCAUCCAAGGCAUCGGAAUAACCAACCAGCGCGAAACAACCAUAGUCUGGGACCACGAGACUGGCGAGCCUCUGUACAAUGCCAUUGUAUGGACAGAUACACGCUCUCAGGGGAUUGUCGCGGAAUUGAAACAGAAACCAGGGGCAGAGCAGCUCCAAGCACUCUGUGGUCUGCCGUUAUCAACCUACUCGUCGGCUACAAAGCUAAUCUGGAUGUUGAGACAUGUCCCAAGGGUGAAGGAUGCAUUUGACCGCGGUACCUUGGCGUUUGGUACUGUCGAUGCCUGGCUGGUAUACCAUUUGAACGGUGGCGUGGCUGCCAACGUCUUUGUCUCAGAUUCGACAAACGCUUCACGGACCAUGUUUAUGAACCUGGAGACGUUACGGAUUGUGCCCUCGUCUGAUGCGACAGCGUACGGGGCUGUUGCUUCUGGGGCUUUGGCGCGGGUUCCGAUUAUGGGCUGUCUGGGGGAUCAGUCUGCGGCGUUGGUUGGGCAGAAAGGGUUCUCACCUGGAAUGGCGAAGAAUACGUAUGGCACUGGAUGCUUUCUUUUGUACAAUGUUGGUGACAAGCUGGUGUUCUCGAAACACGGGUUGCUAGCUACCGUGGCUUACCACUUUGGUGGAAAGCCUGUAUAUGCGCUUGAGGGCAGCAUUGCUGUCGCUGGAUCUGGGAUCAAAUUUUUACAGAAUAAUUUGAAUUUUUUCCACGAGUCUAAAGAGGUCAAUGACCUUGCAUACUCGGUGGAAGAUAAUGGCGGAUGUGUGUUUGUCACUGCGUUCAGUGGACUUUUCGCACCUUAUUGGAUUGAUGACGCGAAAGGAACCAUCUUUGGUAUCACCCAGUACACCCAAAAGGGCCAUAUCGCACGCGCUACCUUAGAGGCAACUUGCUUCCAGACUAAAGCAAUUCUAGACGCAAUGGAGAAAGACAGCGGCCAUACACUCUCGGAACUGGCUGUAGAUGGGGGUAUGAGUAACUCAGACCUAGCAAUGCAGACUCAAGCAGAUGUGAUAUCCAUCCCCGUCUACCGCCCAAAGAUGCGUGAGACUACAGCUCUCGGUGCAGCCAUUGCAGCCGGCCUUGCUGUUGGACUUUGGCACAACUUUGCCGAGCUGCGAGAUAUCAAUCGUUCCGGCGGUACGGUCUUUGAGUCCCAGGUCCUGCGACAAGAGAGUUCUGCUAAGUUUGCACAAUGGGAAAGGGCUGUGCAAAUGAGUAGAGGCUGGGUGGGAUCUGAGAGAGCCGAGAAAGGAGAAGCCGCUGGCCUGAAAAACGAAACCUACGCACCGAUGAAGAAUCAUGUUCUCCCGCCCAAGGUAGCACGAAUCUCAGAUAGCUCCUUAAUCUCACAUGUGGUUAAGAGAUCUACAUACACUACGGGUGUGAAAGGGAGGGCCCAUAUCUCGGUCAAGGAGAUCGACGUCCCACCUCUACCUGUGCAGACGGCCCUGGGGAGUGUCUUGGGUGAUUUGGAUGAUGCGGACGAAGAGGAUUUGUUUUUGGAGCUACGGAAAGUAGAGAUUUUGCAAAGACUGAAGAAGCUACGGAAGCGACAGUCAAACUGCUACUAA